GAAGGUCUUAACGGUGGGAAUGGAAGCGCUCCCAGAAAGGCAGGAGCAACAGCAGAGGAAGGUCCCUUGGCUACUGCUUGCCAUGACCUCAGUCAGUUGUCUCCUCAGAGCCUCAGUUUCUUCAUUAACAAACUGGUGGAUGAUGGAGCUGUUCUGAGGGCUAAUUGAAAAAGAUGUAUGUCCAUUGGUACAGGGGCCACUCAGUUUUUAUAUCUUGAGUCAGAAUCUGUUUCAUGAACACAGACUGCGGGCCAGUUUCUUGACCUACUUGAAUCUUCAUGAAAACUCUCCCACAUGUGGGUAUUGUUAUGACCCCUUUAGAGAUUAAAAAAAUGGAGGCUGAGAAAUUAACACGCCCAAGUCCACACAGAAGUAAAGGGCAUAUUCUGCAUCUGAGCUCAGUUGGUCAGAUGCCAGGUGUCCUUCUAGCUCAGCCAUUGCUGGCUGCACCGUGCAGCAUACGGAAUCUUAGUUCCCGCGACUGGGAAUCGAACCCUCGCCUCCUGCAGUGGAAGCACGGAGUCCUAACCACUGGACCGCCAGGGAAGUCCCUAGCUCUGCCAUUUCUGAUCACCAGGACCUGGAGGCAUUGCCUCUUCCACUGUUUCCCUGCCGAUCCUCUUUCCUCGGCUACCUCCAGCCUUUACACAUGCUGUUCCCUCUGCCUGGAAUACUCUCCUUGGCUGGAUAAGUGGCCAAAGGAAAGGAAGAUGAGCCCUAUAUUUACUCUGAAGCUGGACCCAGACCUCUGCAAGAGUCGCCUGUAAAUUCAGAACAGUUCCAAGGAUCUGUCUGAGCAGCUCUCCUGGGACCUGCAAGCUGUAUCCUAGUCCAGUCGUCCUGAGACCACCAAGAACAAACCUUUAGUCUGACAGUCAGCUCAGUUGAUCCACUGCAAUGAGGGGGAGGAACUGAGGGCAUCUGACUACACAGAGGGCAAGGAGGCUCCCAGCUUUCUGGUCGGCUGAGAAAACUGGCCUGUCUGGUCCGGUUCGGCUGCACUCCACACACCCCCACCCCCGGCAGAGAACAGCUGACUCCAGCCGCUGCUCAUGUGACCGUCGCAGCUCCCUGUCCUGCUCCCUGUCCCAGGCCAGGGUGGACACUUUCAGGGGCUCCUUCUGGGAGGGGUACCAGCAGCGUGCCGCCGGGCGUGGAGGGAUUAAUCAGUGACAGGAAGCUGCCUCUUCCGGAGCAGUGACUGCUGUGGUCAGGAGAGCCUCUGCCAGGCCAGCCCUAGGAAUCUGUCCUGCUCCCCGCCUGCUGCUUACCCCUGCUCCUGGCAUGGGGUGCCUUGGGGCCCUCCUCUUCCUGCUUGGGGGCCUGGGAGCUCUCGCCCGGAUCUGCGAAAUAACAGAGGUGGACAGCACGCUGGUGGAGAGGCUGGGCCAGCACCUCUUGCCCUGGAUGGACCGGCUCUCCCCGGAGCAGCUGAACCCCAGUAUCUACGUGGGCCUGCGCCUCUCCAGCCUGCAGGCUGGGGCCAAGGAGGCCCACUACCUGCACAGCCUCAAGCUCAGCUACCAGCAGAGCCUCCUGAGCAAUGACAACAGUGACUCCGAGGCCAAGCCCUCCAUGGGCCAGCUGGCCCUCUACCUGCUCGCUCUCCGGGCCAACUGCGAGUUUGUUGGAGGCCGCAAGGGGGACAGGCUGGUCUCACAGCUGAAGCGAUUCCUGGAGGACGAGAAGGGGGCCAUUGGGCAUAAUCACCAGGGCCACCCUCACACCAGCUACUACCAGUACAGCCUGGGCAUCCUGGCCCUGUGUGUCCACCAGAAGCGGGUCCAUGACAGCGUGGUGGGCAAGCUCCUGUAUGCUGUGGAACACGAACAGCAUCUCCAGCAGGGCCACUUCCCUGUGGACACACUGGCCAUGGCGGGCUUGGCCUUCUCCUGUCUGAAGCUAUCCAACCUCAACCCCAAUCAGAGAAACCGGAUCACUGUGGCCCUCGGGAGAGUGCAAGAGAAGAUCCUAAAGGCCCAGACCCCAGAGGGCCACUUUGGGAAUGUCUACAGCACCCCUCUGGCACUGCAGUUGCUGAUGGCCUCCCUUAGGCCCACGGUGGAGCUGGGCACAGCAUGCCUCAAGGCCAAGGCUGCUCUGUUGGCCAGCCUACAGCACAAGGCCUUCCAGAACCCUCUCAUGAUUUCUCAGCUGCUGCCCAUCCUGAACCAGAAGAGCUAUGUGGAUCUCAUCUCUCCAGACUGUGAGGCACCAAGAGUCCUGUUGGAACCAGCUACGGAGACCCCUUCACAGACCCAAGUCCCAGGGUUCAUCCAUGUCACGCUGAAGGUCUCCAGCAUCUCUCCUUCGUACAGACACUCCGUCUCUGUCCCUGUCAGCUCCUCUUUGGAAGAUGUCCUGAAGAAGGCCCAGGAGCACAGCAGAUUCAGGUAUGGAACACAGGCCUCCUUGUCAGGCCCCUACCUGACCUCUGUGAUGGGGAAGAAAGCUGGGGAACGUGAGUUCUGGCAACUCCUCCGAGCCCCCGACACCCCCCUGCUGCAAGGUAUUGCUGACUACAGACCCAGGGAUGGAGAAGCCAUCGAGCUGAGGCUGGUUGGCUGGUAGACCCCAGGCUCACCACCCCAGCUGCCUCCCACACUUCCUGGGCUUCUGCCCUCCCUCCAGACAUCCCUGUAACAGGCACACGCCUGACCCUGCUGCCUCUUCUUGUGCACUUGUCCCUGGAUCGCCACAGCCACCACCCCUGCGGGGGUCCUAAACUACCACCCACCCUGGAGCAGGGAGCCCAGCACCUUCCGCAGCAGGUCUGUCUGCCCAGGUCUGGCCCCACCUGGCCCUGCAGGUGUCCCGUGAAGGCCACUCACAGGCUGGAGGGCGUGAGCAUCUCAGACUCCUUGGCAGGAGGAGGCCACCGGCUGCUGGCGUUGUGAGUACCGCUUGCUCUGGGAUGGGGGUGCCGCAAGGAGAGCUCUGUGGCCCUGACCCUAGCUUUCCACCCUUCACUCCAUCGGGGCUGCUGCCCCAGAGCCGACUGCGGCAUAGCAGCUGGCGAGGGCUCUGCAGGGCUGCUGUCAGCCCACUUCCAAAAUGAUUAAAGAAUUGAUUGUGCACAUGC